UUUACAGAUCAAUGUGAAAUCUGUAACAUCGAGUCUAAAAGAUAACCAUGAAAUUCUUUCUCAGCAGAUUGCUCAAGUUGAACUUAAAUUCAAUACCCUAGAAACUGAGUUCCAUCACAUAAAAGAUGUGAAAAAGACUUUGGCUUUAGAACUUGUACUAAGAGACCUAAGCCACUCAGAGUGUCAGAAGAAGGAAGGAGAACACAUGUAUCUGAAUGAGCAAAGUCAAGUGAACGAAUACGAUGGAAAGCAAGAAUCCUUAAAGGAGAGAUUAUCUCAAAUAGAAAGUGGAAAUACAUUGCUUCGACAGCAUUUACACGAUGUUUCUUGCAACGAAGCCAAAGAUAAGGAAGAGCUAGUCCUUACUAUCGAAAACUAUCGGGAUAUCAUCAAAAAACUUGAAGCUGACAGCGAAAAACAAGGUCAAAGAAAUAAAGAGUUAAUUGAUGAAUGUAAGCAUUUACAAGAAAGAAUGGAUCAGUAUGAAGAUGAGAAAGUAAAACGAAAAUUGCAAGAAGCACAGGAUCGAUAUUCCGACCUCCUAAGGCAGGCUGCGAAGAUGGAAGAUCAUUUGCAAAUGCUUGAAGUUGAAAAUGCCACAUCAAAAAUUAUAAUCAAAGAGCAAGUGGACGAAAUUGAACAGCUUCAGAAAAUCUUAUCAAGUAAAGUUUGAGCCAAGCAGCAGCCCAAGAAAAGUUAGAAAAGCUGGGAGAAAAUGAGAUAGCUCCAGUAAGAAGUCAAAUGGAACCUAGAAUGAAAGAUCUGGAAUAUGAGCUUUUUAAGAAGACUGUCAAGGAAGUUCUAACUUAAGAAAACUGGAAAAAUACAAGCAGCUCUACCUAGAAGAAGUAACGACUUGAGAGUCACUGGCAAAUAAGCUUCACAACUGCUGUUGAUAUUGAAGCAGAACACCUUAGAAAUGUUCCUUUAGGCUCUGCUGGCAUUACAGGUCGAACUGAGGAUUUAAUCACCAAAACCUCUAAAGAAUAUAUAGAGAUCAUGAAGAAGAAAUACAUGAUCUAAAAAAUAAAAAUAUAUAUUUUUUGCUCUUCAGACA